AUGACUUUGACCACGUGCGCUGCUCGCUUCUCUCGGCUUCUUCCUCCUUCUCCUCCAAGUCUCCCUAAACUUUGCGAAACAUGCGCUCUUCACUGUGACAACAAUUCUUUUCUGCCUCGGCUUCUGGGGAGUUCCUCAGUUUCGUUCAAUAUAUCGAAGUUCAUCAAGGCUAAAGCUUCUGUGAGCGAGAGCGAUCAUGAGAUUUCAGAAAACAACGUUUCCGAGUUAUUGGACCAAGAGUUGCUCGCAAGAAUUGCUGCUGCUGAAGACGCCAAUGAGGCAUUGCAGAUGAUCGCUGAAAGGUCUAGAAAAGAUGACGGUGUCGUUUGCACGGCUGAUUGUUGCUCCAUUAUAUCAGCGGCACUUAAUCGAAACAAUGCAGAGCUGGCUUUGUCGGUAUUCUUCGCUAUGCGCGCCAGUUUUAAUCAAGGUUACUAUGAUCACGUUGCUGAGGACGGUCCUUUGAUUAAGAGAUGGAGGUGGUCUAGGCCAAAUGCACAUGUCUAUACAUUGUUAAUUCAGGGUCUUGCAUCAUCAUUGAGGGUUUCAGAUGCUCUCAGGGUGAUUAAAUAUAUUUGUGAAGUGGCAGUAUCUCCUGGUGAGGAGGUUCCUUUUGGAAAGAUAGUCAGAUGUCCUAGUUGUAGGAUAGCCGUUGCUGUUGCGCAGCCACAACAAGGUAUUCAGUUGGUAUCCUGUGCAAAGUGUCGCUACCAAUAUGAACUUGUUUCUGGUGACAUAAUCAGUAUUCAAUCAGAAGAAAUCAGCAUGGAUAUUACGCCAUGGGAAAGGGGGUUAAAAUUCCUCCAACUGAAGAAGCAAAGCUUUCCUGCUGCAGUUCAUUCUAUUGUGGUGCAGACCCCUUCAGGGAUGGCUCGUACGCAUAGAUUUGCCACUGAAACAGUUGAUGUGCCAGCGCAAGUGGGAGAAAGGGUAACUGUUGCUGUGGCAACUCCAUCCAAUGUCUAUAGAGAGGUGGGCCCCUUUAGAUUUAGUCCUAGGGCCCCUGAUUUCUAUCCUGGUGAGGCUAUGUGUUUGACGAACCACAAAGAUGGCCGAGAAUCACUUCUGUUAAGAGCCCCAAGAAAGGAAGGAGAUUCAUCAUUGCUUAAACCCUCUUUCCUCUUUCCUCUUCUUGCUGUAUUUGCAACCGGUGAUGCUGCAUCUGGACUUAUUGACCCCAGCCUGCCCCAGUUUAUAUCAGUUGUUGCAGUUUCAUCUCUUGCUGUUGGGGCAACAUUAAAUUCUUUUAUUUUCCCCACCAUCAAUUUAAUCUACAUCUAUUUAUUUUUUACAUUGUGGCAGCUUCCACAAGGAUCAGUCGAAGCAAUUGCUAUCAAACAGCAACUUUUAUCUCAAUAUGAUGUGCUUCAAUCUCGCAUCAAAGACCUAAAAGAAGCUUCUGAAAAAGAGGUAUGGAUGCUGGCUCGAAUGUGCCAACUGGAAAACAAAAUUUCUGUCGUUGGAGAACCUUCAUAUCGGGCUCGUAAAAGUAGAAUCAAGAGGGUACAAGAGAGCUUGCAAAAGUCCCUCAGGGGACGGAUUGAAUUGAUUGACAGCUAUGCCAGAAUCUCUUCAAUGAUUGAAAUUGAGGUGGAGAUGGACACUGAUGUUCCCGCAGCUGAAACUGCCAGCAAUGCGGAUAGUAUCAUGGAACAGAUACAACAAAUCAUGGAGCUUGAAAAUCUUGAGGAGAGAUGGAAAAUACAAGUCGAAGCCAAUGAUGAGGCCGAAAGACUUCUUAGCUCACAGCCCAUACCUGAUGAAGAAGUUUAACCAUGUUCAAACGCACCGGGUUUAUACGGCUGCAUCAUUAGGAACGGACUUGUAUCCGAUGAAAUGGGAUGGCGUGGCAUCUGAAAAGGGCCACUAAAGAUGGGCCUUCUGUCUCCAGAAGCCGAGCGUGGAUCACAGGUCACAGCACAUAGUGGGUAAAUUCAUUU